UUAAAGAAUCCACAGCGUUUGAGGGAAGUUUGUUGCAAGGUGUCGAUACAACGUUACUGAUUCACGAACCCGAAUCUCGGUCCGGUACCAGCAGCUGUACUCUGAACCGGGCGGACAGGAGAACAUGAGCUUCUUAUUUGGGAAUCGUUCAUCUAAGACGUUUAAACCGAAGAAGAAUAUUCCGGAAGGAUCUCACCAGUAUGAGCUGCUCAAACAUGCUGAAGCCACGCUUGGCAGCGGGAACCUGCGUAUGGCCGUCAUGCUUCCAGACGGAGAAGAUCUGAAUGAAUGGGUGGCCGUCAACACGGUGGAUUUCUUUAAUCAAAUAAACAUGCUGUACGGCACCAUCACAGAUUUCUGCUCAGAGGACAGCUGUCCCGUCAUGUCAGCAGGACCGAAAUAUGAGUAUCAUUGGGCAGAUGGGACCAACAUUAAAAAGCCAAUAAAGUGUUCUGCUCCCAAGUACAUCGAUUAUCUAAUGACGUGGGUUCAGGACCAAUUGGACGACGAGACCCUGUUUCCUUCUAAAAUUGGUGUUCCAUUUCCGAAGAACUUCAUGUCAGUGGCUAAGACCAUUCUGAAGCGUUUGUUCAGAGUUUAUGCUCAUAUAUAUCAUCAACACUUCGACGCAGUCAUGCAGCUGCAGGAGGAAGCCCACCUCAACACGUCGUUCAAACACUUCAUCUUCUUUGUACAGGAGUUUAACUUGAUCGACCGCAAGGAGCUGGCGCCCCUUCAAGAUCUGAUUGAUAAACUAACAACUAAAGACAGAUAAACAGUGAAAAGUAGAGAAAGAGAGGGAAGUAAUGAAGGAAAAACAGUGAUCUUACUCCAUCUUCUGACUACCACGUCUGUCUUUUGUUUUGUACAGCUGAUUUAAGCCCCACAGCACAUGCUAGGCGAACCUACAAGGUCAACACAAUACUAACACUUACAAAGGGAUCAAGCCUGUUUAGAUUAUUUUGUUACUCCUUAAUGGCAGUUUUUAAAAACUUGACGCCUGGUUGAAAUGGUUACCACUGCUUAUUGACACUUUUAGUUUAGUUAGUGGUCACUGAAAGAGUGAGAUUUAACCCAAGAGCAUCAUACUUAGUAUGUACUACAAUGAUACCAUGUGUUGUCAUGGCGCUUGUAUCGCGCAAAGCAGUGAUUUGGAGAUUUGCUCGGUUUCGCUAGUGUGAAUGUUUUAAAAGUUGUAAUGCUGACAGCAAAAGGAUGCAGUUAAAUAGUCAAAGUCUAUUUUCCUAUGCAAUAACUAUCACGUUAUUUAUCCUUACUGACGUUAUCGCACAAAAUCGUUCUUUAUAGUUUGUUUCUCCAUUUAUAUAUUUCUAAGCUGUGGAUUUGGUAUUGAUUACUAUGAAGGGUUCUUAAUUUAGCAAGGUUUGGAAUACUAGAGCAGAAUAUCGCUACACAGAUGGCUUUUGGGAAAUAUCGGCCUUGAUUCUAUUAAGUUGCUUGUCGUUAUUUAAUGAUAACAGCUCAAAGACUCUUGGGAAGACAUUUGUUUCGCUUAACUCACACCAACUAGUUCAUUUAAAUCACUUUUUUGAUUUGAUAUAGUUUUAGUUUGUUUCUUCCUGAGUGCUGUAAUAUUAAAACCCAUUUUAUUAUUUUAAUGUUUCAGUUGCAUGAUGUCCAUUUGAGCUGUAAUUAUAACGUCAUUCAUGCAACAUUCUGAAAUGGAUGUGAGCAAAUUUAGCUUUUGUUUUAUUAGUUGUUUAUAUAAAAGAUUUUGAGAAAUAUUUGGCAUUUGGUCCAGAAGUGAGUGACUGUGGAAUUUUCUCUCUUUAAAGGGAUAUUUCACCUAAAAAAAAAUUAAAUAGUCACCCUCAUGCCAUCCCAGAUGUGUAUAACUUCCUUUUUUCUGCAGAACACAAACAAAGAUUUUUAGAAGAAUAUUUCAGAUCUGUAGGUUCAUACAAUGCAAGUGAAUGGUGACCAGAAAUUUGAAGGUCCAAAAAGCAUAUAAAUGCAGCAUAGAGGUUAUCCAUACAACUCCAGUGGUUAAAUCCAUGUCUUCUGAAGCAAUAUGAUAGUUGUGGGUGAGAAACUUUUACUAUAAAUUCUCCUCUCUUCCCAGUAGGUGGCGAUAUGCACGAAGAAUGCGAUUCGCCAAAAACAAAAGAAGAAUAUAAAAGUGAAAGUUGAGAUUUAUAGUAAAAAAGGACUUAAAUAGUGAUCUGUUUCUCACCCACACCUAUCAUAUCACUUCAGAAGACAUGGAUUUAACCACUGGAGUCUUAUGGAUUACUUUUAUGCUGCCUUUAUAUGCUUUUUGGACCUUCUAAUUUCUGGCCACCAUUCACUUGCAUUGUAUGGACCUACAGAGCUGAAAUAUUCUUCUAAAAAUCUUUGUGUUCAACAAAAGAAAAAGUCAUACACAUCUGAGAGUAAAUGAGAGAAUUUUAAUUUUUGGGCGAACUAUCCCUUUAACUGGUAGAACUAAUACUUUUUAAUUUUUUUUUAUAGUUCUGUUUGAAAUCCUCUUAAGUUUAAGUUUGUUUUCCUUUUGUCAUUCGAAUUUACAUUGUUUCACGAAUGUAAUGCUUUUACUUAUAAUGGUUUGGACUAUGCUAUAGUAUAAAAGUGCCAUCCACUGAUUAAUAUUGGACACAUUUGAAGUAUUUAUAUAGCAUUUUAUCACUGAAACGAGAAUAUAUUUUCCCUGAAUUGUAUAAUAACUAGGUUAUUCCUAGAUUAGAUGUAAAUAUGUGCAGCUGACUCGACCAUUAAUAUUUCCUGAUAUUGUUCUAUUUUAAAUCAAUAAAACAAUAUCUCUUACUGAGAUUGUUGUUAUUAUUAUUUUAGCUGUACAUGGAGCAAAUAAAACCCUUCUCUUAACA